AUUACAGCUUUUUAACUUAAAUGUGAUAAAAACAGGUUUAAUUUUAAACCUGGGGUUCCGAGCAGUCACGUGGUUCUAGCGUCUAAGGUCACGUGAUUCGGAGUUUCUCUUGCGUGUUGUUUGUAACACACACUUCAGAGUUUCAGUUUGUACAGUUCCGCUGUGAGCAGGAGUGUGAGAUGUAUUAUUACAGGUAUGAGAACACGGAGGUCAGCUGCUGUUACAAAUACCUCAUGUUCAGCUACAACAUCAUAUUCUGGCUGGCUGGAGCAGCAUUUAUUGCGAUUGGAUUCUGGGCCUGGAGUGAGAAGGGUGUGUUGUUGGACUUGACUCAGGUGACCCGUCUCCAUGGGUUUGACCCAGUCUGGUUGGUUCUGCUGGUCGGCGCGGUAACAUUUACGCUGGGAUUUGCUGGCUGUGUUGGAGCGCUGAGAGAGAACAUCUGUCUGCUCCGAUUUUUCUCAAGCAUGAUUGGUUUCAUUUUCUUCCUGGAGCUGACGGCGGCUGUGUUAGCGCUGGUGUUUCAGGAUCCUCUGAGAAAUUGGAUCAGCGACUUCUUCAUAGUGAAUGUGAAAGGGUACAGAGACGACAUCGACCUUCAGAACCUCAUCGAUUCACUGCAAAGAGUGAACCACUGCUGUGGAGCAAACAGUCCAGAUGACUGGAACCAGAACGUUUAUUUUAACUGUUCAAUGACCAAUCAGAGCAGAGAGCGUUGUGGGGUUCCAUUUUCCUGCUGCAUCAGUGACCCAGCGGACACAGUAGUGAACACACAGUGUGGCUAUGAUAUCAGGGCGUCUGGAUCUGUGGCUAGGCAGAAUGUAAUCUAUUUGAAAGGCUGUGUUGCUGCUCUGGAAGAGUGGUUGCCACGUAACAUCUACAUCGUAGCGGGAGUGUUUAUAGUCAUCUCACUGUUACAGAUGGUGGGAAUUUUCCUGGCUCGGAAUCUGAUCAGUGACAUUGAGAAAGUGAAAUUUAAUUAUUAACCCGCUGAAACCAAAAAAAGUCAAUAGAACACACACACACACACACACACACUUCCUAACCUCUGUUUUUUUGUUUUCCCACUGUGUGUGUGUGUGUGUGAGAGAGAGAGAGAGAGAGAGAGAGAGAUAGAUACAUCGAGUGUGUGUCAUUGUGAGUUAGUGCUUGUUGGAUGUGAAUUUGUCUCUACAGUGCCUUGUGUGUGUUUGUACAGUGAAAUCCCAAGUAGAGAUCUGGCUGCAGAUGAAUGUGAAUGUUGUUCAUGUUGAAAGGAUUUUGGUCAAUCAAUGCAAAACAUUUAUAUACAGACCAAUGGGAUUGUUUUAGUGAAUUUAAUUAGUGGAUUUUGUUGCUGUCUUGUCACCUGAAAGCUGAACGUUCCUCAUAUUUUUCCAUCUCUGCCCUGGAAUUAAUUCUAUAUUGAUUUUGGGCCAGAACGCUGCCAAUGAUUUAACCUUUUACAGGCUUAUAUGCAUGCUUUGAAAUGUAUGGCAUCAUGAGCCUAGUGGGUGCAGGACGUCCAUCAACGCAGGAUGAGUCUGGAAGUGAAAUCUUUGUUUUAAUAAUUACAUGUUAAAUAGUUAGAACUUUUUAAAUGACAUUCACAAAAUGAAAAGAAAUGCUAGAAUCAUAUUUAGACACAUAUUCACGUGUGUGCGUGUGUGUACAGCUUUCUUCUUUGUAAAGUUUGUCUUUUCUAGAAAUGUUUCUCUGAAAUAUGAAGUUUAUAGUCUUCAUUCCAGCAGAUCUAAACAGAUCAUCCUUCCAUAAUCAUUUGACUGCACUGCAGAACCUCUGUGCCAUAACAAAAGGUUUAUAAUAGUGUUAACUACAGAAAGUUUAAUUUCUAACUUGCUUUACUGUUUUUGUUUGUCUUUACUUGUUGUUUGACUUCUUAUGGUUAUUUUUAAAAAUUAGUUUAAACUUUUGAACUGAAGUUUUAUAUUUUAUAUGAUGAAUAAAGACCAAUUUUGCUUA